AAUGAAAUUUGACAGCAUACUUUCAGAUAUUAAUGGAUUUGGAAAAUUCCAAAUCAGGCUAGUUUUUAUUCAGAUGCUUGCUCGAGUUACUUUGCCAUGUCACUUCCUGCUGAAUAACUUCAUGGCAGCUGUUCCCUCUCACCACUGUAACAUCAUUGCUCUGGAUGAUGGAGGCGUCUUUGGGAAUUUAACUCAGGAACAGAAACUGGCUGUUGGUGUUCCUGCAGAGCAGGAUGGGACUCCGAGCUCCUGUCAGAUGUUUUCAAAGCCCCAAUAUCAACAUCUGUUCAACUCCAACAGUAGUGAGGAUGCACCUACUGUUCAGUGUCAGAACGGAUGGGUGUAUGACAACAGCACAUUCAAAUCUACUUUGGCAACAGAGUGGAAUCUUGUCUGCAGCAGAAAAGGGAUGAACAAGGCAACAGCCACAGUUUUCUUUAUUGGUGUUAUGGUUGGAGCCCCUUUAUUUGGGUUUCUUAGUGACAGGUUUGGCCGACGGCCGCUGCUGUUGGUGUCUUAUCUGUCGUCCAUUACGUUUGCAGCCCUGAGCGCAUUUUCCACAUCCUAUGUGAUGUUUGUCAUCAUGAGGUUUUUUACAGGGAUGUCACUCGCAGGCAUAACUAUCAUCACAUAUGCUCUAAAUGUUGAAUGGUUCAGCAUUGAACACAGGACCUUUUCUGGUGUAAUCAUAAGCCUGGAUUGGACAUUGGGAAACUGGAUUCUGGUUGGAAUUGCAUAUUGUGUAAAUGAGUGGAGGAUGCUCAUUUUGGCAGCAACCUCACCCUUGAUACUGUCUGUCAUUGCUUGGAGGUGGCUUCCAGAGUCUGCAAGGUGGCUUCUGACAAAAGGAAGGGCAGAUGCGGCUCAUAAUUACAUAAUGCAAUGUGCUAGGAUAAACAACAGAACCAAGUCUAUGGCCACCAUCACACCAAUGGAAUUACUGAAAUCUGUACGAGGUGAAACUGAAGAUAGGAAAUACACUAUGGUGGAUCUUUUCAAGACCCCAAAUAUUCGAAAAACGUCUAUAUGCUUUGGAAUAGUAUGGUACGGAGUUGCAUUCACAUACUACGGGAUAAGUCUGAAUGUCAUUGGGUUUGGACUUAAUCCGUAUCUCACACAAUUCCUAUUUGCAUUUAUUGAAAUGCCAAUGAAGAUCGGUGUGUAUUAUUUUCUGGAGAAAGUUGGUAGGAGGUCUGGUCAGAUGGGAUCCCUGCUGUUGACUGGUCUCUGUCUCUUCAUCAAUAUGUUUGUCUCCAAAGAAAAGUGGGUUGUACGUACUGUUGUGGCCGUCAUUGGAAAAGCCAUGUCAGAGGCGUCUUUCACGAUCGCAUAUCUCUACACAACGGAGCUCUAUCCUACAGUCGUACGACAGAACGGUUUAGGCUACACUUCAUUUGUGGCGCGGCUGGGCGUGUCAAUAUCGCCACUCAUCAUGCUAUUGGAGGAUGUGUGGCAUCUCCUCCCUGCAGUCACUUAUUGUGCGUUGGCAGUCGGAUCUGGUUUGACAGCUUUGCUCCUGCCUGAAACAUUAAAUGCCCACCUGCCAGAGUACUUAGAGGACAUUGAGCAACCAAGGGUGCAAUCCAUGAGGAACAAGGAGAUUCAAUAAAAAUACAAAACGCUAUUAACUAAAUGUUAAUAAGAUUCCUAUUCUGUACAUUUGUUGUGCAAUUUAAUACGUUUUAAUAAUUGAGUUAAUCCGUUAAAAUAAAAUUGUUUGAAUCCCAAUCAAACUAACAGUCUGUCAGGAUGUAAGAUGUGCAAAAGUGUACUAUCAAUGUAAUGUACUGUACAGACAAGAGU